AUGUCUUGCGAAGAGGACGGAGAUGAAUCAGAGUAUAAUCCAGACCAGGAUGAGGAGUCAAGUAGUGAUGAAAGUAGUGAUAAAUCUUCAGGUCAUGAAAUGGUGCGAGGUGAUUCAGAUGAAGAAAUUGUGGAAGAGGAAUCAGCCAAUACCAAUGUGAACAAAUCAGACCAGUCUAAAAAGAAAGCGUCCAAGCAAAGCGAGGAUUAAAAAAGAAUGCCCAGUACCCUACUGUCAUAAGAUUGUUGUUCAUCUGCCAAGGCAUUUGCAAAAAGUGCAUGAUUGGCCAAAACAUCAAGCUCGUGCUGCAGUAUUGCGGUUUAAUUUACGUAAGAAAUAUUCCUUUUCAACUGCAGAGAGUGCAGCUGCUGGCAAUAGGAAAGGGAAAACAAAUGCUGAUGAGCAUGGGCAAAAGAGGUGCAACAAGGAUUACCACAAAAAGAGAUGUUGUCCAAUGGUAGGGUGUUCUGCAGUGGUCAAAAGGUUACCUGCACAUUUGCAAACUGUUCAUGGUUUCAGUCCAAAGUCAUCAAAGUACAAGGCCUUGUUAAGUAAAGCUCUUCCACAACCCAAAAGGCCCUAUUCAGUUCAGAUGAUUGAAAAGAGAGCUGCUGCUAUCAAGAGAAUUGAAACUGAACCACCUAUGCCUGAU